GGCGAGGAGGGAGGGAGGGAGAGAUACCGAGAGAGAGAGAGGGUGCCAGAGCGCUACGGUUAUUUCUCCCAGGCUCCGGCCAAGCCUGUGUGGUUGACGGAGCAGGGAUGUCCUCUCAUACACUGCCGCCGAGGACAUGGAUGGCUUGAAUGGAUCCGUGAUCCGGGCUGAAUUGUCCCCCUCACCAGCCUGCUGUCUGUCAGCGUGUGACUGUGUGUGUUUACAGGAAUCACUGCGAACAACGUGACGCGUCCGCGCCAGCUCUGCACCAGCCGGGUCCGGUGGAGCUGCAGCUGAGGAGCUGAGGAUUUGAUUGGCAGCUGGUACACCACUGAGGACGGGGAGAGAGGCGGCUGGGCAGUGGGGUCGACGAGCCUGGCUGGCGCUGUGGGUGAAUGCUGCCUGGCGAGGACAAGCGCUGAGGAGGCGGCGGCGGCGCCAUCAACUCGAAAAGGAGCAUGGCAUCCACGGGCAUGCAGAUAUUUGGAUUUGUCCUCGCGCUGUUGGGCAUCAUGGGCGCUAUGGUGGCCACGCUGCUGCCUAACUGGAAGGUCAGCGCAGAUGUGGGCUCCAACAUCAUCACGGCGAUUUCCCAGAUGCAGGGUCUGUGGAUGGACUGCACAUGGUACAGCACAGGCAUGUUCAGUUGCACACUUAAGUAUUCAGUGCUUUCCCUACCUGCGUACUUGCAGACUGCCCGCACCACCAUGGUGCUCUGCUGCGUAAUGGCUGCCAUGGGCCUCUGCCUGGCAUCCCUGGGACUAAAAUGCACGCGUUGGGGAGGCGGACGGCGUUCCAAGCGGCACGCUGCGAUUGCCAGCGGCGGCUGCUUUGUCGCGGCCGGCUUUCUGUGUCUGGUGCCCGCUUCCUGGUUUACCAAUGAGGUCAUCACCAACUUCCUGGACUCUAAUGUGCCCGAGAGCAAUAAGUUUGAGCCUGGGGGUGCCGUGUACGUAGCCUUCGUUUCGGCAGGAUUCCUCUUCGUCGGGGGGUCCAUCUUCUGUAUGUCCUGCUCGGGUAAAAGGCAUGGCCCCCAAGACCUGAUCCUGCUCCCUCCCCCAGACAAACUGCUCCUCCAGCAGCAGCAGCAGCAGCAGCAGCAGCAACAGCUGCUCCAGCAGGAGCUCCAGCACCAGUACUGCUCUCUCUCCCCAUUAGACAACAAGACUGGCUACAGCCUGCAGGACUAUGUGUAAUAACGCAGCGCUCUGUACACUACGGCUAAAAAGGAGACGAGCCUGAGGGGAGAACCAUCGCGGCUUAUGCUACACACUCGGCUCCACUCCAGAUGGAGGUGGAGGAAAAAUGAGAGAGGAGGGCAACAACUUUGAAUUAAUUUUCCCUUCCCCUCUUUCUUGCUCUUCUUCCUUUUUGUCUUUUGCAAGCACAAGCAGUGGAGGUAUUCCCUAAGCAUCGCCUUGGAACAAACUGUGAAUGUGUAAGGAGCCAGGGUAAGGUGCUGCAGCAUGGAAGGAAGCCGCUAACCAAAAGCAGACAUCCUUCAUCAGUGAAUCACAGAAAGAGUUCCCUGGGGAAUGGAUUAAGCAAAUAAGGAAGCCUUCCCUGUAGAUUUGUUUUUUUUCCCUCCCCCUCGCCAAAGGUUUGAAUUGAAAUAAAAAAAGCAAUCAUUUAGUUGCUAUUUACAAUCGUCUGUGGUACACUCUCAAUUGACAAAACAGGCAAUAUAAUGCCUGAGACACCUUUCCAUAGCAAGCCAUUGUAGUUUCCCGUAUACCCAUCCACUAGAAUGCAACAAGGAAUUGAUCGAAAUAGUCAUAUUUUUGUUAGCUACUAGAAUGAUGUUGAUAUUUUUGCCUCUAAAAGCAUGCUGUGUGGAGCCUGUCUGUGUGUUGAUACAGCGGCAUGCCUAGUAAACAAAAAAAAAGACAGACAUAGCCACAAAAUGCCUGUGCCUGAAAAGCUGUAGAAACAUUACCCCCGCUGUAACUGUUCAAAGAGGACUGUCAGGAGGAGUAACUGUGGACGGCCGGGCUGGGUUUCAGACAGAAAACGCAGACAAACAGUUGCCUGCUUCUCUCUCUGCAGGUGAAUAUAUAUGAGAGAGAUGGAAAGAAAUUGAUAGAGAGCGAUUCAAUCCUCAAGCAGGGUGGACUAUCCGACGUGCUGGUUUUUUUGUUGUAUUUCCAUCAAGACAAAAACA